AUGCCUACGAGGAAUAACCAAGGUUCCGCAAUUGGGCUCCGACGCCUACCAAUUGAGUUGAUCGGUGCAAUUUUCAGCUUACUGCCGAAUCGCGACAUCAAAAACCUACGUCUAACUUGUAGCUCCUUGAAAGACUCUGCUCAUCUUAAAAUUACCAGUAUCUUUAUAUCCCCAAGUCCACGCAAUAUCGACGUCCUCCUUGGUGUCGCCAAUCAUGAUGUCUACCGCAAAGAGAUUAAGGAAAUCGUAUGGGACGACUCUCCUCUGGAAUCCAUCGAGUGGAACACAGAACCCCAUGUUGCCAUGACACUGUCAACGAAUGGUCUGAAGAGGACAACAGUGAGGAUGACGCUUACGCAGAACCAUACAGCCAAGAAAGUGAAGAAAAGUAUGAGAGAUGUUGAAGAGAAAUGUGACGAUUGGUGGCGUAGCUUCCGCUUCGUCAUCAUGGCCCUUGCUAAUAUGGAUCAACAUCGCAUUUCUGAACUAGUUUUGGACAACCACUAUCUCCCCACCGGGAUAAACCCGUUUAUCUUCACUAGUUGUGACGAUGACUACAACAAACUCUGUAAAAUUGUUGAAAAACCGGGCUUCAACCGUUUUGUUUUAUCCCUGAUAACUGGUUUGAUAAGAGAUGAUGGUGAAUACGAAGACUGGGGAUUUUACCGAAAUGGAAGUAUCCGCAAAUUCUUGGCCAAGGCAUCCGACUUGGAGGAAAUGGUCUUCAAAAUAGACUACAACUUGAGGGAUGGAAGCCUCGUCGGAAUGAGAGACUACGUCUCACUCUUCGACCUCUUCCCUCUAGACGCAUGGCCGAAACUGCGGCAUUUCGGGCUCGUUGGGAUGCAAGUCACUCAGGAGAAUCUAAUCUCAUUCCUGAGGCAGUUACCAUCAACGGUACGGUCCAUCGAUCUCAGCUUCCUUGCCAUCCUCGAAUGGAGGGCAUGA